CUCUUUGGCGUUCUUGCUUGUGUUGUGUUUACUACUCAACUGUUAUCACUGCUCGUCUGCAACUCUCCGCGGCUCUUCGAUAAAACUACUGUCUUCACAGACGCCCAGCAAGAUGUCUGAUACUGAGGCUCCGGUUGAGGUGAAGAAGCGCGGCAGACCGGCGAAGAACACGCAGGAAAAGGAGGCGAAGAAGCGCGGCCACGCGGCGUCGCCGAAGAAGGACAAAUCGCCGGCGGCCGUAGAGGUGGCCGACACGGAGAACGGCGAGGCGCCGGCCAAGCGCGGCCGCGGCAGGCCCCCGAAGGCGGCGAAGAAGGCCGCGGGCGCCAAGAAGGCCGCCCCGCCGGCUGCCAAGCCCAAGGGCACUGGCCGCGGCCGCGGCAGGCCGCCAAAGGCCAAGCCGCCAGCGUCCUCCGAGGACAACGACGACGACGACGAUGAUGAUGAGGACGAGAAGGAGGAGGCUUAAGCGGACGCCGCAGGACAUGGGGGCCCUGCCCCGCGCCAUAUUUCAAACUCACUGACGAUUCCACUCCCCCGCUCCCUAGCUCUUAAGGCCACACAGCAACCCUAGGAUGUAGAUUUGAUGAGAAGACCGGGCAGGCCAUGUCCGAGGCGCGAAGGAGAAAAACACGUUCAGGCUAAACGGAAAAAAACCAUUCUCUGGAUCUAAAUGUAAAUAAGGACACACACACAGACUUUUCAGGACAUUUCCAACCACAAACUGAGGGCAGAAAAAGAAUAGUUACUUGGAGAAGAAGAAGAAAAAAACAAUGUAGCGUGAAUAAAUUGUAAUCAGUUAUUAGCAUAACUUUCGUUAAUCUUCAAAAGUGUCUUUGUCAGAUGGAUUCCCAAAUGAAUGGACAAAAAUUAUGAUUUAUCGAGUAUAUAAUUCCGGAAAAAAAUUUAUAACUUCUAAUUUAACGUUCAAUAAAGUAAAUGUAAAUUGA